CAGGCAUAUACGUGGAAUAUCGACAAGUAGUUCAUUUCUCAGCGCAUAUUAAUUGGAAUAGUUAAUGCAAUACUCGGCAUCCUCAGAAAUUAGCUUCCUGGUCCUGGGUUUUAACGUAGGAUUCCUUAACAAGGCAACUUUCUACUUUGUUAACGUUCAAUAGUGGUGGCGGUGCAGAGAUGCCAGGAUUGGAGUCAACGUCUGGAGUUGACAGUACUGUCGAAAAUAUUGGACGACUUCCUCCUGACGUUUUCGCAGAAACAUGUCAGCAGAUUCUGGCUCAUCUUCAAGGGCAAAGCAGUGCAGUCGAUUUGCCUAAAAUCUGUGUUACUUUUCAGAGAGCAGGCAUAGACCUCGAGUGGAAAGCUCUUCAAAGCAUCAUCAGGUUGUUAUCAUCUAAUUUCAGAACAGCUGCAAAGAACAAUCUCACGGCUGAUCAGCUGGUUGCCAGGCUAGGUGAAGGCAGCAGGCACUGGGCCAAGGCUGUGCUGCAGGUGGUGCAUCAGCUGUGGAGCGAGCAUGGGUCACUCAUUCACACAUAUCAGGAGGCCCACGCUAUGGCUAGCAUUGGACAGAUGGUGGACAUGCAGUGGAAGCUGGGAAUGGCAGUGAGCUCAGACACGUGUCGGUCCCUGAACUCUCCCUAUGUGUCCCUGCUGCUGAAAGUGGCCGACACCUCUGGAGAAGUGUCCUACAAGUCUUUUGAAAUGACCAUUCCUCAGUUCCAGAAUUUCCACAGCCAGUUCAAAGACAUAUCUGCAGCUCUGGAGACUGUGUAAUGCUUACGAAUGCACUCCAUGUGGCCUUCCUCUGUUCACUAAAAAAAUGCUUGACUCUUGUAGACUGUGUUGACCAAAAUGUUUACAUUCUAACAAUGUAUUAUUUAUAGGCGUCCUUUAUAAUGUUGUCCUCUGUAUUCCAAGGGUAAACAAAUCAAGCAUGAGGGUUGGGGGUAAUCAUGAAUGUCUUUUAACUACAGCUUAGUGUUGCUCAUUGCUUCAUAGAUGCUACUUUAAAGUUUCUCACACAAUCAAACAGCCAACAAAGUCCUCACUCAUAAAUGCAUUUAUGCUUGAUGCUUAACUGAUGUAAAAUAAAUAAAUAAGAUAACAAAGAAAA